UGGGGGGGGGGGACAGAAAAAACAAAUAUAUGAGAUAACAAAGCUUACUAAAUAGACUACCCAUUUGAUUUUAUGCAACAACAACCCAGAGCCAAAAUAACAAUUGUGCCAUUUUAGUCACUUUCCUUGAUGGUAGUGUUUUGAUUUCAAUGUUUUAUGACAGCUAAUGAAAAUACCUUUGUUUCAUCAUUGAGCUUUCUGUAAAUUAUGUAGUAUUUGCUGAAAGAUGGAUGCCUAUUCCCAUCAAGGAAAAGUUUGUGUGUUUUAUCGCCAGGUAAUCAUUUACACUGAUCAAUAAAGCAAACAAGCUGUCUCUCUCAACGCCAAAGAUUUUAGGAAAUCAGGACCCAGGCAUGAAGCAAAGAAGACAAUCCUUGAUAUGUUUAUCCGUGUUAACCUCCAAGGCAAUGAAGAGUUUGUGGGUGUUGUUGGGAGGAAGUGUUGGUGGUAGGCACUUACUGGUCACUUGAACAUAAAGGAAUGUACUCUAAUCUCUGCUCCCCUUGUACGAAUCAAUGUGUUGAUGUGUUCAGUUCAUGUGUUCAGCGCGCGCACACACACACACCAGGGGCGCAGAUGGGAUUUUUGAACUGGGGGGGGGCCAAGUUGUCAGCAAAUGAUUUCAACUCAAUAAGUUAUUUUUGUGUAAUUUGGUCUUUAACUAGCGCUCAAGUAGUUAUUUUCGUAAUAGCCUAUGGGCCAAUGGUUUCCAAUAAAAAGGCAUUGGAGAAUUCUUAUUUGAAAUCAUGGAUAAACAGUGAACAUUGUUAACAAAUGGCCUACUUGAUAGCCAUAUAUGAUGAAACUGUUAUUGGUCUGGAAUGCCAAUCACCCACAAAAACUUCAUGCCUUAUGCAAAAUGUUUUAUUUAAACAUUUGUGUAUACACUCAGAAGUGUUAACAACAUAUUUACAUAAAUGAAAAGAAAUCCAAAUAAAUUUACUUUCUAAGCAGACUCACUGAAGGACCCAAUAACAUCUCUCCUCCUUUCAUAACCCUGAGCACACCUCUGGGCAAUUUCUUUUCUGUCCAGUCUGUCAAGCCUCUCUUGGUGAAUAUGCCACACAGCAAUGCCAUUGAGUCUUUUGCGUCAUGUUUGAUUGCAACCAUGCCUUCAAUCUGCGUAACCCACUGAAACUGCGCUCCGCCUCAGCAGAUGAUAUGGGCACCACCAUCAAUAAUCUCUAGCUAGCUACAGAGAAUGAAAAGGUAUUAAUAUGCUCGCACUAGGUAGCUAUCUAAAGAGAAUGACAAGGUAUUAAUAUAUAGGCCAGAGCAGAGGCGGAUUGGCUGUCGGGACGAUCGGGAGAUUUUGGAGGAGGAGGAUUCUCCUGGUGGCUAUUAGUGCCCCACUCCACCCCUGGGCCAGAGCCAGGCACACUCAAAAUGUAUUUAGGAAUUUUCUAGUUAAAAUAAGAUUAUACAUAAAAAUGAAAAAACAUUCAAGCUAUUCACCUACGGCCUAAAAAUACUUUUAUUUUACAUUUUUUACUUGGAGCUCGGAAAUUCCGACAUUCAUGCACGACUGGAAUGCACCAUUAGUCGUAGCAUUACUGCAUCAUUGGCGGCUGGUAGUUUUUAAAGUGAGGGAGGAAGGACUGCGCGCUUGGUUGCCAUUAUGCCAGGAUGCAAAGCCCAAUUUUCAAAUCAGGCCUUGUUACGUAGGUGGGUUGGCUCAUCAUUGUUAUCGUGUUCCGUUCAAUGUAAACAUCAGGUUGGUAUAGGUAGUUAUUUUGUAUGAGGAAUUUAAUCCCUUUUCUUUUCCCCCCCUCUGCUCAGGUACCCCCGCCCCUCCCUGUAGAGUAUCCUGCAGGCCCAGUGGUGACAACAGCUGAGGGCAAUUACAAUCAAAAGGGGCGGGUGGAUAAAGCCUGUGCUCUCCCACACCACUUGGCUCUAAGCCACGGUUGAUACUGGUUGUGGUGGGGGCAACCCAUUCUAGGGUCUAUCCUACAGAGAAUGGAGUCCCACAAGGGAGUGUGUGCAGUCCAUUACUCUUUAGUGUUAUGAUUAAUGACAUUUUCUCAGAGGUUGAUGCUAGUCUUGGAAGGUCUCUGUAUGCAGAUGAUGGGGCGUUGUGGGUUAAAGGCCGUAAUGGUACGUUUGCUGAAAAGAAGCUACAGGCAGCUGUAAGCACAGUAGAGAAAUGGGGUAAUAAGUGGGGCUUCCGUUUCUCAGUUGAGAAGACUCAAAUUAUGUUUUUCCAGGAAGGGGGAAAAUCCAACCUUACGAAUCGUACUCUAUGGACAAAUGGUAAAGCAAGUACAAGUUAUUCGGUUUCUGGGAGUCUGGAUGGAUAGUAAGCUGACCUUUGGAGAGCAUAUCCAGAGAGGAGUGAUGAGAUGCAAAAAGGCAAUCAAUGUAAUGAGGUGCUUAGCUGGAAGUAGCUGGGGCGCCAGUAUGAAAUCUCUUAAGCAAAUGUACAUUGCCAUAAUCAGAUCAGCAUUAGACUAUGCGUGUAUUGCAUAUGGUUCAGCUGCAAAGUCACAUCUUACCAAAUGUGAUGUAAUACAGGCACAGGCCAUCCGGCUGUGUUGUGGGGCAUUCAAGACUUCAUCAGUUGCAGCUCUACAGGUGGAGGUUGGAGAGUUACCAUUAUAUUUGAGGCGCAUGCAGUUGUCCAUGGUAUACUGGACUAAUUUGCAAGGACACAAACAAGAUCAUCCAACCAAAUCAGUUCUAGAGCCAUGCUGGGAGCAUGGCCGUACAAAGCUAAAUAGUUUUGGAUGGGUAGGAGAUAGCUCUGCCAGGGAGUUAGGGAUAUCCAAUCUAACACAUAGCUGUACAGUACCACUACCAGCAACUCCCCCGUGGCUUUUCCCCAUGCCUACAGUAGAUCUUGAAAUUAUUAAGAAAUCAAAACAAUGUAAUGAAUUUGGAGGGAUGAAUAGUUUGAUACAACAGUAUAUAAGUGAUAAGUAUAACGGUCAAUUCAAAUUUUACAGACGGGUCAAAAGAUCCAGACACAGGUAGGACAGGGGCAGCAGUACACAUACCACAGUUUAAUGUAUCAAUUAUCAAAAGAACGUCAGAUCAUUUAGCAGUAUUCACAGUUGAGCUGUUAGCCAUUUUAUUGGCUCUCUGGUGGAUAGAAGAGGGAAGGUCAAGUAGAUGCAUCAUUUGCUCAGACUCAAUGGCAGCUCUAAUCAGCAUUUCAAGUGGCAAAUCUACCUGUAGGCCUGAUCUAGUUUAUGAGGUUCUUCAGAGUUUGUUUAAAAUAGAAAGAAUGCAAAUAACGGUGGGCUUUUUAUGGGUCCCAUCCCAUGCUGCAGUAGAAGGCAAUGAGGUUGUCGACAUGUUGGCAAAAAAGGCACUGAAACAGGAUAUACAGCUGGGUGUUCCAUUAAGUAAAUCUGAAGUUAAAACAAUAAUUAAAUCAGAAAUCAACAAGGUGUGGCAAGAACAAUGGGAUAGGGAAAAUAAGGGUCGGUUCCUGCAUAGAAUCCAGAGGCAGGUGUUAACAAGGAGACAGGGCUGCUGGAACAGAAGAUGUGAGGUUAUCAUCACAAGACUACGCAUAGGGCACACAUGUCUUAACCACAGUAUGAACAUCAUAGGCAAACAUGAAACAGGGGUCUGCCCAAAAUGUAAUGGAAGAGAAACAGUGGAGCAUGUUUUACUACAAUGCGAAGCGUACAAUUUGGAGAGAAGGGAGCUGUUGAAAAAUGUUAAAACUUUGGGUCAAACAAGCUUGACCUUAGAGGGUUUACUCUCCUUUUCCUCACUGAGACCACCAGCAUGGAAACAUGGAUUGAGUUAUCUAAAAGCAACAGGUUUAUUUGACAGAUUAUAAUUUAAUCUGUUGUUGUCUAUCUAUAUGAUUUUGUUUAUUUACUUUUGUUCUUUUGCAUAGCUUAUAACGUAUAACCUCCAUCGAAGCUCUAAAACAAACAGUAGGUGGCGGUAAUGCACCAUAUUGGUUUGCCAACCGCCAAAUAAACUCAAAAGAAGAAGAAGAAGAUACUGGUUGUAUCGUGUUUGGGCGCUAUGCCAUUGAUGUGGACACUACCGGUCGCAUUUGUAGGCUUUCAUGCCAUUGUUUGUAGGCUCUUUAGCCUUCAUUAUGUUGUCUUGCUGGUCUUGCCAGGCAAGUUAGAUUUCCCUGGUGAUAGUCAUUUGCUUGUGUGGUACUAGUUUGUAUUAUCAAGCUGAGUGGGUUAUUGUUUAGUGCUUGUUUGUCUUACUGUUGUUCCUGUUUUGUUCUCCCUUUCCCUUAUCCCUUUCCAGUCAAUGAAUAUUAUUAUUCACUUUAGAAAACGUGUUUGCUUUGGAUCCUUUCUACUACCGGGACCUGUGCUUUGGCACCUGCUGUACGGGCUGAGGUCACGCCAGCCCUAGUCAGUGUAUGCUGUGUACAUUUAUAGUUUAGGUAAAUACAUUGGUAAAGGGUGGAUCGCCUGGUUGAUUAGGGGAGGGGGGGCGACGCGCUGUGUACCCCGGUGGAGCGAGCAAUGAACCCGGUAAGCAGCUGAAUAUGGAAGUGGCCCUCAUCCCACUAGGAGUAGUUAGUGCUCUUUGGCAAGGCCGGAUUAACCAUUAGGGCAACUGGGCACUUGCCCAGGGCCCGUGACAUCAAAGGGGCCCUUGACAACGUUGUUGACAAAUAUCACGUUAUGAACGCAGUCCUUACUUUCCUUGAUGUGAGCACUUUAUUGCAACUCGUUCGAUCAAAAUAUAAAAAAAACUCUGUUUGUGUAUUCUAGAAGCGGCAAAAACAGUGUUUGUGUAGUCUGAAAACAUUGUUUGUGUAGUCUAGUCAGCCUGCACAAAUGCCGCUGAGGCUGGAGACAGUGUCGGCGCUAAGGGGGGGCAUUUGGGGGCCGUGCCCCCCCUAGCGGUCAUUAAUGCCCCUCCUGCCACAGGUCAUUAUUUUAUUUAUUUUCCCGAUAAUGACCGGCGUUCUAUACAUUAUCCCUUAUAUUACACGGGUCUUCUUAAUGCUGUGGAAAUCGCAAGGUCCAGUUUUAGAACGCGGCAAUUUAACCAUUUAUCUUCAGCCAAUCACAGCACAGAACAACUUGUACGUCACGGCCUUACUCUCCCGGUAUCGUAGAUGAGCGUUGUAUGGGGAGAAGCAGUGUAGCAAGAUGGAGAAGCAGUUGAGCGGGAGUGCUAAAAGAAAAUUGAAACGAAAAAAAGAAUUGAAGUUAGCCGACAAUUUGAAACACGUACCAAAGAUAGCCAAAUUUUUCUCUCCAAAUCAGUGCCCUGUGAGAAAAGGCGAUGAAAACGAUAAAAUCCCUCUUUCACCUGUGGUGGCUGUGGAAACGCCUACCGUUAACGUUAGUGGUGCUAGCACUAGCCGUCAGGCUCCCACCAGUGUGGAAGCUAGCACCGAGCAAUGGGACGACAGCCAACUGAGCAAAGAACAAGAGGAUGAACAGCCUCCACAUCACAACAAACAUGAUGAAAGUCCAACUGAAGGAGCUGAGACAGCAGGUAGCUCCAGCCCCUGCACCACCUUCACACUACCGUCAGAUCCGGCACUUUGGGGACCCCUGACAGAGACGCUGAGGGAGGAAGCCAUCCACAGAGGACCCGCUGCCUUCCACAACCGGGCAAGCAGGUACCCAGCAUCAGUGAGGGAGUCUGGGCUUGGGUGUCGAACCCGCUCUCUCACGAAUGACUUAUUUAAUUGCCGUCUCCAGAACAAUGAAGACGUCCCGAGGGAAUGGCUACUUUAUUCGCCAUCUACUGGCUCUGUCUAUUGUCAUGCAUGCAAACUCCUGUCACCCCAAACCCAAAAACACGCCUUCAUCAGUGGAUUUAGCGAUUGGAAACACUCUGAGAGGAUCGGGGACCAUGAAAGAAGUUUUGAACACAGACGGAAUAUGUUGUCUCUAAUACAGAGAUCCCAAGUCGGUUGCCGAGUGGAUGCUGCACUUGUCCGACAAUGUGAGGCAGAACAUCGGUACUGGACCGAGGUACUCAGGCGUGUGGUUACUGUCAUCAAGUUUUUGGCAGCUAGGGGGUUAGCAUUCAGAGGCGACAACGAACUGUUGGGCUCAGUGCAUAAUGGGAAUUAUCUUGGGACAUUGGAAGUCAUUGCACAUUUCGACCCAUUUUUAAAAGAACACCUUGCAAAACAUGGCAACAAGGGGAAAGGUAAGCCAUCAUAUAUUUCUUCCACUGUGUGUGAUGAAUUUAUAUGAAUUUAAUUUAUUAAUGGGUGACAAAGCAAAGCAAGUCAUUGCAGAUGAAAUAAAGCAGGCGAAAUAUUUCUCUGUUAUCGUCGAUUCCACCCCAGAUCUUUCGCAUGUGGAUCAGCUGACCUUUGUUUUCCGAUUCGUUAACGCAAGUGGGAAAGUAGUGGAAAGGUUCAUUGGAUUUGAGCCCAUCCACAGCCACACAGGCCUUAGUUUAGCGGAGACUGUAAUUAGCAUGGUGCGAAACCUUGGCCUGGACAUGGCGAACUGUCGUGGUCAAAGUUAUGAUAAUGCUAGCAACAUGUCAGGCAAGUAUAACGGACUCCAAGCUCACUUAAAAAAAGUUAACCCACUAAUCCACUAUACACCGUGUGCCGCCCACUCAUUAAACCUUGUUGGUGUUAAUACCAUUGAAGACUGUAGUGCAGAUGUCAUCUCUUUUUUGACCUUCUACAGUCUCUUUAUGCAUUUUGCAGUGCUUCAACUCAUCGCUGGAAUACAGUUUUUAAAAACGACUUUAGCAUUAGCCAUACUUUAAAAUCCCUCUGCGGUACGAGGUGGAGCUGUAGAGCAGACUCUACGAAAGCUCUUUGCCGAAAUUACAGGGCAAUUCGAGAUUCAUUGGCCAAAAUAUCAUCUGACAGUGUCGAAAAAGAGCGAUGCAAACGUGAAGCUUCUGCGCUGGUUGCGAAGCUUGAUACACUUGAAAGUGUUCUGAUGACCAUGGUGUGGGACAGAAUACUAGGCAGAUUUUAAGCAACCAGUGACAAAAUCCAAACGAGAGACCUAGAUUUAGCAACUGCUGUGCGGCUUUUACAGUCACUGCUCUGCUAUGUUGUCAAGUUACGAGACCAGUUUGCAGAGCUGGAAGAAUCAGCACGAUCUGUCAGUGCUACACAGGAUUAUCAAUAUGACAUUUCACGGAGGCGAAAAAGGAAGAGAUUUGCUGACGAGAGGGACAACGAUGAGGAGGUCGUCUUUAGUAAUGGCAGUCUAAAAUUCAAAGUGGACACAUAUUAUGUGAUAAUUGACAAACUCACUGCUUGCCUAACCAAACGGAUCGGUGCCUACACAGAUGUGUGUGAGCUCUUUGGCGUCUUAUUUGACAGGGACUAUGUUGAGCGUGAUGUGCGCGACCGAGCUGCUAGGCUGACAUCCACAUAUCCUACAGACCUAGAUGCGUCCUUAGCAGACGAGCUCAUGCAGUUCACACACUUUGUGCCGAGUGAGACUUCCCCUGUUAAAAUAUUGCAGAUUCUUGAAACAAAUGGCCUUAAAACAACAUUCCCAAAUAUAUAUGUUGCACUUAAAAUGUUUUUAACUCUGCCCGUCUCAAAUUGUGAGGGUGAGAGGUCGUUUUCUGUUUUAAAACGAGUUAAAUAUGCAUUAAGAACCACUAUGACACAGGCAAGACUUUCUGCCCUUUCUUUACUGUCCAUAGAAAAUGAAGUUGUUGAGGGAAUUGAUUUUGAAGAUAUUGUGCACCAGUUUGCAUAUUUGAAGUCUAGAAGGAAGGCCACUGAGUAAUCUUCUAUGGAGAACAUAAUUAACUGUAUGUGUUGAUGUGAGAAGUUUUAAAAGCUAAGAUAGGUCAUUAGGCCUAAUCAUUUAAUUGUUUGUUUCUUCAUGAGUUCAGUGUUGAAAAAUGGACAGUUGUGAGGCAUUACUUGUUUGAGUUAGUAAUAUGUGUUUUAAUGUGAGUAAAUAAUUAGGCUAAUAUGUGUAUAUGAAUUGAUAUGAUAUAUAUGUGUAUAUGAAUUGAUAUAAUGUAUAUGUAUAUGAAUUGAUAUAAUAUAUAUAUAUGUAUAUGAAUUGAUAUAAUAUGUGUGUAUGAAUUCUAGUGUGUUAAUUGUUACUGCUGGAAUUGGUUAUUGGUUGGAAUGGUUACUGGAAUUAAUAAGUGUGUGUUAAUGAGAGAAGUUUUAAAAGUAAAGAUAGGUCAUUAGGCCUCAUAAUUGUUUGUGUAGUCAUGAGUUCAGUCUUUAAGGGAGGCCAGUUGUAAGGUCCAUUUGUUUAAAUAAAAUAAUAAGGAUAUAUUAGUGAAGUAAUCAACAUCAAAUGUUGAAUUGUGAUACAAUAAACAUGAUCUUGACUUUGAAAUUACAUGCAACAGUGUAGCCAAUGGUUUAUUUUUACUAAAAACACACUAAUUGCCUGCUUCAUGGCUGGUGAUAAUUUCACAUUUUUGCAUUUUUAAAAUGUUCUAUGGUUUUAAGUUAAGGCCUACCUAGCUGUUUGCUGUCAAGACAAUUGAAACAUUCAAUAAGUACUCAUCAAGCCACCAAGUUCUGAUGAUAGCGACU